AUGUCCAUACCGCAAAGAAAAAUAAAUAACUUCAUGUCCAGAACAAGCAAAGAAAAAGUUGAUUCGAUUUCUAGAAAAUUUAUUUUUAUGCAAGUACCGUGUGGUUUAUUUAGACUUCCUAUUUUAGGCAUUGCUAGUAAGAUUCAGUUGUCGAUUAUGUUUGGGAUAAAAGUGCUGUACAAUUGCGCAAUAAUUUACAAUUUGUACUUUGCAGUCGCAUUUUAUUCCUAUGGAAUAGCCCCGAUAUGUGACACAGUAGAAUUUGUAAGUUGCACUUUGCUAGGUUUUGUGACAUAUAAAGAACUAUUGAAAUUUUAUGCGAAGAUCAAUAGGAUUGACAAAGAUUUACAAUUUUGUCACAAUAGUCAGCCCAAAAAGGAAGUUUUUGUGCAUUUCGUGCAGAUCCUCAUCAUCGGAAUAACAGUCACUUUAAACUUUUGGCUGGUUCCUGAAUGCCUGGAUAUAUUUAGAACCAUGCCUUUCUUAAUACCUUUGAAAAUAUUACAUUAUCUUGAACUAAAUUACUAUGGACAUCUGUUUGCACUUUUGAUUCCAAGGCUGAAACUUCUGACAAAUAAAAAAAAGAAAUCGUGUUACAUUAAAGAAGACCAAAAAGAGAAAUAUCAUUAUAGAAACGACAAACUGCUAAUCCGCUAUGAUAUAGGAUUUUUGAUGGAUUCUUAUAAUCGCUUGCUAAAAGCAUACGACUAUCUCAAUAAGGCUAUAAGGUGGCAACUUCUCAUAAUAAUAAUAGCAAUGUUUAAUGUCAGCCUUAGUUUAGCAUAUUAUGUGUCGAAAUUGCAUCUUGAAAAAGACAAGAAAAAGGUCAAAGGUUGCGACCUAUGCAUCAAUAUCACGUUCUUAGUAAUUGAAGUUGUACCCUUUGUAAUACCAUGUCUACUGGCAAGUCAAGUCUCCGGCGAAGUUGUUAAUCUGGAGGAGGCAAUAACGUCAAGGGUGCAUGAAAAUAAAUUAGACACCUCAUAUCAAUGCACAGCAGUUCUAUUCCUAGAGUUGUUGCGGAAACAACCUCUGUCAUUUCCUCUCCUGCAUUUGUUCGUAAUCGAUUUAACUCUGCCCUUUAAGUUAUUGAGUCUAAUUCUCACUUAUCUCAUUAUACUGUUGCAAUUUGACAGGGUUAUAAAUAUUAAUAAAAUUAUUUAG